ACGGCUAUUUAAUACCCUUCCUACCAUACGCAGUGAACCUCUUAUAAUUUCCAGUUCGACAGGUUGCCGAUGGAAGCGUAUCAGUAUGCUCCAGCUCCAGUGGUUACAAUUGACUUUGGCAGUAGCGUUGGGGACGAUUAUCAAUGCUCAAGGAAUUGUUGAUUUGGUGCGUGAUAUCGAAACAUCAUUACUGAAUACUAGAUUGCCGGAUACAACGAACUUUUUGCCGGAAUAUGACUUUAUUAUUGUUGGCGCAGGUUCUGCAGGCUGUGUUUUAGCAAAUCGUCUCAGUGAGAUACGUAAUGCCACCGUUUUGCUGUUGGAAGCGGGGGACCAGGAAACUCUUUUAAGUGAUGUUCCCUUGACCGCCGCCCUAACGCAAGUUACACGUUACAACUGGGGCUACAAAAGUGAGCCCACGCCAAAUGCUUGCCAAGGUCUUGAAGGUGGCGUGUGCAAUUGGCCAAAGGGUAAGGGUGUUGGUGGCACAAGUCUAAUUAAUUUCAUGUUGUACUCACGUGGACAUCGCAAGGACUACGAUCACUGGUCAGAUUUAGGAAAUUCAGGAUGGAGUUACGAAGAAGUGUUGCCAUAUUUCAAGAAAUCCGAAAAUAUGCAAAUUGAUCAUUUGCGUCACUCUAAAUUCCAUGGCACCAAGGGGCCUCUCAACGUUGGCUACUCUGACUACAAAUCGAAAUUGCUGAAGGCCUUUCUAAAAUCAAGCUACGAUAUUGGCUACAACAUUACAGACCCCAAUGGAAAAGAUAUGCUGGGAUUCAGUAGAUCACAGGCAACUAUCCAACAUGGCCGGCGUUGUAGUACCAGCAAAGCCUUUAUCAAGCCUAUAAUGCAUAGGAGGAACCUCAAUAUAUCAAUGAAAACCUGGGUGACCAAAAUUGUUAUUAACGAUGCCACAGCCCCUAAUGUCAGACCAACGGCUGUCGGAGUAGAAUUUAUGAAAAAUCGAAGGCGGCACUUUGUCCGGGCCACAAAAGAAAUAAUCUUGUCUGCCGGUGCUAUUGCCUCCCCCCAGUUACUUAUGCUCUCAGGCAUAGGCCCCAAGGAAAAUCUGGAACAAUUUAACAUCACUGUAUUGAAGGAUCUCAAAGUUGGAUUCAAUCUUCAGGAUCAUAUCACAAUGAAUGGCUUAGUUUUUUCUGUAAAUGAGACUACGAUCAACGACCUCAGACUAUUGAAUCCCACGGAUAUAUUGCAUUAUUUACUGCAAGGAAGAGGUCCAUACACCGUGCCAGGAGGGGCAGAAGCAUUGGCAUUUCUAAGAACACCGGGAUCUUCCUUUGACUCCGAUUACUCCGAUAUGGAAAUUGUGCUGGGCGCUGGAUCCCUAAGUGGAGACUACAUGGGAACAAUGAGAAAUCUUAUAGGAAUACCUGAACCUUUUUAUCGGCAUGUAUUUGAAGGUUUGCAGAACAAGGAAACAUUUGGAUUGGUGCCUGUACUGUUGAGACCAAAAAGUAGGGGUCGAAUUUCUCUACGAAGCUCUAAUCCAUUUCAUUGGCCAAAAAUGGAGCCUAACUUUAUGGCAGAUCCAGACGAUAUUCGUGCAAUGAUAGAGGGAAUAAAAAUGGCUUUACAACUGACUAGAACAAAGGCAAUGCGAAAAAUCGGUACUGAGUUCAAUACAAAGCCAUUUUUAGGUUGUGAAGAAUAUCUGUUUGCCUCAGAUGAUUAUUGGAAAUGCAGCCUGCGCCUCUAUGGCACUAGCCUACAACACCAAUCGGGCACUUGCAAAAUGGGCCCCAUCGCAGAUGCUGAAGCCGUUGUAGACCCGCAGUUGAGAGUGCAUGGCGUUAAAAACUUGAGGGUGGUAGACGCAUCCAUUAUGCCAACAAUUCCAGCUGGUCAUACCAAUGCCAUUGUCAUUAUGAUUGCUGAAAAAGCUUCAGACAUGAUCAAAACCCGUUGGAGGGCCAAAGCCACUUAGCUACAAAACUACCAAAAUGAGCUACAUAUGCCUUUGUAGUGUCUACAUUUUAAG